AUGGAGUGGGCGCGCACCAACCUACGAGAUCGCAUGGGAGGCCAGGACGAAGGUGGUCCCCUCUCCUCUAUUCCGCCCCUGUCCCGGACCCUUGCGGGGGCUGUGCUCGGGGUGGCCCUCCUCCGGCUGCUGGCCCCUGCCACCGCUCAGCACUACCUCGCCCUGGUCCCGGGCUACACCGUGGGGCACAUGUACGUGUGGAACCUCGUCACGUGCAGCUUCUACGAACUCUCCCUCUUCGCCGCCGGCAUGAGCGUGGUGUCGAUCAUGCUCUUCGGGCGCUACCUGGAGCCCCUGUGGGGACCCGAGGAGUUCCUGCGCUUCACCCUGGUCGUCAACGCCCUCUCCGCCGUGGCCACCUUCAUCGCCGCCGUGUUCCUCUACUCCCUCUUCCAGACCGAAGCCUUGCUGUUCUCCGGCUUUGGCGGAUUCGCCGGGGCUCUCGCCGGCUACGCGGUGGCGAUGAAGCAGCUGCACCCCGACAGCGAGCUCCUCGCCCUCUACCUGCCCCUCCGCGCCAAGCAUCUGCCGGCGCUGCUGGUGGCGCUCGAGUGCGCGACGGCGCUGUUCUUUGGCUACGCGCAGCCCUUCACCUUCUUCGGGGUCCUCUUCUCGUGGACCUACCUCCGCUUCUUCCAAAAGAGGGGCGCCACGGUGGGGGACCACAGCGCCGAGUUCGCCUUCGCCACCCUGCUGCCCGAGCAGAUGCAGGGCCUUGUCACGCCCCUGGAGAGCGCGGUGUGGAAGGUGCUGGUCCUGUUCAGGUGCUGCCCCAAGGACCCCGGCCCCUUGGCCGGGCAUCCAUCCGACCUGGAAGAGGGAAAUCCCGUGUUCGGGGCACAGGUGGCGCUCGCCAAGGCCAGCACCUUCGAUUCGGAGAGGAGGCGUGCGCUGGCGAUGCAAGCCAUCGACGAGCGGAUGGCCCAAAAGGAGCAGCCCGAAGCUGGCAGCGCCCAGCACGACCGGCCCAGGCCGCAGCCCCUCGCCCCCGCCCACGAGGACUCCUGA